CUCGGGGCGGGGAGCGGUGCGGGGCUCGGAGCGCGGAGCGGUCGCUCCCGGCGCGGGGCCGCCAUGGCGUGGCCCUGCAUCACCCGUGCCUGCUGCAUCGCCCGCUUCUGGAACCAGCUGGACAAGGCGGACAUCGCCGUCCCGCUCGUUUUCACCAAAUACUCGGAGGCCACCGAGCACCCCGCCGCGCCCCCGCCGCGCCCCGCGGCGCCCAUCGAGACCCAGCCGGGCGGCGAGGCGGCUGCGGCGGCCGCGGGAGCUGAGCCGGCUCCCGGCGCCGCCCGGCCCGGCCCGGCCCCGCACGCCUCCCCCCCGGCCGACUCGGUGAUGCGGCACGACUACAAGCCUUGGAAGGUGCAGCGGCCGGAGCCGAGCUGCAAGCCCAAGAGCGAGUACCAGCCCUCGGACACUCCCUUCGAGAAGGAGACGCAGUACCAGAAGGAUUUCCGUGCCUGGCCUAUCCCCAAGCGGGGCGACCAUCCCUGGAUCCCCAAACCGGGACCUUCCCCCGUCCUGGCCCUGGACCGCGCUCCCCCGGAGAAGCCGGCUCAGGAGAAGCGGCGGAAGGUGCACAUCGCUCCCGAGAAGAAGGAGGAGCACCCCGAGGCGGAGGAUGAGCAUCCCAAAGCAGCGCGGGCCGGGGAUGGGAGAGACAAGGGUCGGAGGAAGGCGGAGGAGGCGGGCGGGCAGCCGGCGGAGCCGAGCCGGGGCCGGGCGGCUGCCGAUGCUGUCAACAGGCAGAUCAAAGAGGAGGUGGCGGCGGGGGUCAGCUCGUCCUACAGAAAUGAGUUCAGACCCUGGAUAGAUGUCAAGCCCGUGAAAGCGAUAAAAGCAAAGCCCCAGUACAAGCCACCAGAGGAGAAAAUGAUCCAUGAAACCAGUUACAGUGCUCAGUUCAAGGGGGAAACCAGUAAGCCUUCUCCAGCUGAUAACAAAUACCUGGAGCGCAGAAGGAUACGCACUCUCUACUGUGAACCCUACAAAGAACCUCCAAAGGUGGAAAAGCCUAGCACAAAGCCUUCCAAACCAAAAAAGACCACAACAAGCCAUAAACCCUUGAAAAAGGCCAAAGACAAGCAGAUUGCAUCUGGCCGGGCUGCCAAGAAAAAGAGCGCCGAGACCUCCAACACUGCAAAGCCAGAAGAUAAGGAGAAAAGUAAAGAGAUGAACAAUAAACUGGCUGAGGCAAAAGAGACCCCUGAAAAAAACACUGGUGCUACAGAGCAAGAACCAAGUACCUUAGUGAAGGAUGAAUUGACAUGAAGUCAGGAACCUUCGUCUGAGCAUCAGCUGGAGCAAAUGUAUAGUUCGCAUGAAAUGUGUGUUGUCUGGCUGGCAUAAAAUAAAGCUGAUUGUGAGAGCUGAA